UGAUAUCAGUCAGUACUUGCUCGGCGUGUUACCCACGUGUUGUUACCCAAGUGUUGUUUAUUUGAAUUUAUUUAACUAUUUAUUGACUUAUAAAUAUUUAUAAUAUUUAAAAAAAUUAGCGGGAGUGUUUAAAUGACCGGUGGAAAUAUGAGUAUUCUGUUAAAUGUUUCUGGCUUGUCAGAAAAGUCGCAAGUAUCGAAGGUAACGAAAAAUAAAAAUUCAAAUAAAGAUUCAGUUAAACCUGACAAGAAAUUGAAAAAAAAUUCAAAUGAAGAUUCGAGUAACAAAAAUAACAAAAGAAUAAAACAAAAAUCAUUGGCGGCAAUCGUUGCUCAGAAUAAAAAUCGGGCUGUUAAACUUGCAGCCCACAAUGUGGAGUCUAGUAAAAAAUUGAGUGGGAUAUUAAAAAAUAGUAAAGACAAAGACAAAGAUAAAGAGAGUAAAGACAGUGAGCUCGUAUCUUUUGUUAAACCAUCGACGACUGGUUUGAAAACAAUUUUAGCUAAACCGAAAGUUGACAAUAAAUCCAGCAAAUCGUUGGCUGAUAUUUAUAAUAAAAAAUAUGAUGAUAAAUCUAAUUUUAAUUUGUUAAUAAAUUCAACUGUUACUGAUAACUCGCACGAAGAAAAAAACCAGAGUUUUGAAGUGAGAAGAUUUGAUAAAAAUUCGGAUAAAAAUAAUUACGGCGAUAGAAAAAAUUUAAAUGAUAAAUCAAAGUUUAAAAAUAAUAAUGGGCAUGAAAAAAAACCCGACAGAGAACGAGUUUAUAAUAAUAAACCGUCUGGAAAAAUAUCAUCACUGUUUGGAAAUAAUCCAGAGAUUCCGAAAAUUGGACAGAGACUUGUUAAGCCGGUUAAUGAACCAGUUUUUAGUAAAGUCACAUUUACUGAACUUGGUCUUCAUCCAUAUGCAGUGUCAAAUUUAGAACAAAAUAUGAAAAUAGUUCACGCGACAACAGUCCAGCAGAAGGCGAUUCCUAAAAUUUUUACCGGAAAUGAUAUUUUAAUUAGAUCACAAACGGGCUCUGGUAAGACUCUGACCUACGCGCUGCCAAUUGUUGAGUCGUUGCAUAAAAUAAGACCAAAAUUAUCAAGGAAUGACGGGUUGAAAGCUUUGGUCGUUGUACCGACUCGUGAAUUAGCUCUGCAGACCUACGAGUGCUUUUUGAAACUCAUUAAGCCUUACACGUGGAUUGUCCCGGGAUAUUUAGUCGGUGGGGAAAAGCGGAAAGCUGAGAAAGCUAGAUUGAGACGUGGAUGUACUAUUUUAGUAGCGACACCAGGUAGAUUAUUGGAUCAUAUAAAGCACACUGAAGCCUUGAAAAUGAAUGAUGUCAAGUGUUUGGUGUUGGAUGAAGCUGAUCGCAUGCUCGACAUGGGUUACGAGAAAGAUAUCUCAGAAAUUGUGUCUGCUCUAAAUGUAUCACAGCCAGACGACAAUACUGGGUAUGAUCCGAUGAAAAUGUUGCGUCAGAACACCGUUAAAAAGUUUGAUGAUGAAAUUGAGCAAGACGAUGAACCCGCGGUAGAAGAAAAAAAUCAAGAAGAAGAAGAAGAAGAUGAAGAAACUCAAGAGUAUCAUUCAGCAACAGACAGUGAUAAUGAUUCCGAAGAAUCUCCAAUUAAACAGAAAAAAGUUAAAAAAAUAAGUGACAAAAAUAAACCAGAUAAAAGUGAUAGUGAAGAAAAUAAAAGUCCGAGUGUUAAAAAUGGCAGGCAGACAAUUUUAUUGUCAGCAACUUUGACUAGUGCCGUUGAAAAACUCGCAGGUCUCACUAUGACGAAUCCGAUGUUUAUCGAUGCCGCUGAAGACAAUUUAAAAAAUUCGAAGGGAAAUAUGUCUGAUAUAAAUGAAGAUUUAAUUGUACCCGAAAGUGUCACUCAGAGUUACGUCGUUAUCCCGCCAAAAUUGAAAAUGGUUACGCUGAGUGCUGCCAUUGUCGGGCUUUGUAAGCGCGCAGGUCAACACAAAAUUUUAGUCUUCAUGGCUACCCAAGACAUGGUUGAUUAUUACACAAAUAUUUUGUCUUCAGUACUCACUAAACUUGACGAUGAAGACGACGAAGACUCGGAUCCCCUCGUCGACGUUGAAUUUUAUAAAUUACACGGGAACAUGACGCAAAAAGAAAGAACGGAAGUCUUUAAGACUUUUAGACUGUCUCGUACCGGAGUUCUCCUCAGCACGGAUGUGGCAGCUCGUGGCUUAGAUUUGCCGAAAGUAGACAGUGUAAUUCAGUACACUGGACCUCUAUCAGCCCGCGAUUAUGUCCAUCGCAUCGGACGUACGGCUCGCGCAGGUACCGCAGGGACGGCAAUUAUUUUUCUGACGCCGCCGGAAAUAGAAUUUGUCCGCAUGCUGGAGUCACGUAAGAUACGUAUCAAACAAGAGGACAUGGAUGACAUAUUGCUACGGCUGAUGGGGCCCCUGUCCCGACAAAAUACCGUCCAAGAAGCCGCCACAAAUCUACAGAAUAAAUUUGAGAAUUUCGUGUUGAAUGACAGUAAGCUACACGCCGCGGCUUGCAAGGCUUACGCGUCUUGGAUGCGUUUCUACACGAGCUAUCCCCGGGAUAUGCGGGAUAUUUUCGACCGCAAAACCCUUCACUUGGGUCACUAUGCCAAGAGUUUCGCUCUGAGAGAUCCGCCCCAGCGAAUAGGUUCCGUCAACAAACAGUUUCGGGAAAAAAAUCCAGAGAAGCCGGUCCACAACAACAGAUUGUCUAACGAAAGAACCGAGAGAAUAAGGCAGCAAAAAGAAUCCAAGGAACAUGGACUCGGUGCCGGCGCAUUGAAACGCUCGCGGAUGCUAAAUAUUUCCGAGUACGGAGAUGGAUUAGCGCCGCUGAAAAAAUCUAAAAAAUGACAACUGGAGAUUAGAUAAAAAAAUAAAAAAAUUCAUCGCAAUAAAAUAUUUUUAAUAAUUACGUAAAUUAUCGGUGACUCUUAGCGAUGAUCGAUGAUAGUCGUGGCAACUUAUAUAGAUAUAUAUCCACAUUAAUAUACACUUGAACGUAAGUUAUUAUGAAGUCUCAUUGACUGAGGUCGGAGACGCGAACGGUAGAGAGUGAGCUUGAAGAGGGUUGUUGAACGUUAAAGGAGAGACGAUGAUUGUGAUGGAGAUAUGAUUAAUACUAAUGCAUUAUUUUCAAAUUUUUUUUGGUAUCGCGAGUGAAAAUUACUUGCAAAUAAAGCCCGUGUCGGUUAAGUCCCAACUACACUUGCUUGCUCAUCCAUCUCUAUACAUUCAUACAUAUACAUAUACAUAUACAUAUAUACACGUACGUACAUAUAAUUCCAUCUUACAAAAGGAUUUUAAUUCAAUUUAAUUAUUAAUUUUUCCUCAUUCUAUCCUUUAGGAGAUAAAUUGCCUAAGGGUUGAGCGUGAAUGCCCGUAAAUUCUGAUGCUGGUAAAAAUGACCGACGUGACAAUAACGUAUUAUCCGAAGUAAAGGAUUAAUUUAAACUCCGUUAGUUAAACAAUAAUAUAAAUAUAUAAUGAUUGUUUUAUUUUAUUAUUUGUUUAUUGUUUAUAACUUUUUAUUCAGCUCUCGAGUGAUCAUCGUAUCGACAGGAAAUAUUUACGUGAACCCAGAGAUCAUGAAAUCCGUUUGAAAACGUACUAACAUCCUGCUAAAAAAAAGGUAAAUUAGCAUUUUAUGGUCGCGCUGUUCACCGUGGAAACGGUUUAUUGGCCUGUCGUGCAAAGAAGCCAUAGACUUACUGCCGGUUCUAAUAUACAUAUACAUUUAUCCAUAAUAUAUACACAGUAUAUUAUUACUUAUAUAUAUAUAUGUAUAAGUACGUGUAUAUAAUUCCCACAAACAUUUAACUAUCCAGCAACUAAAACUAAAUUGACUCUCAUUGGUUACUUAACAUUUCGGCUUAACGCCUGAGACGUGUUAAUCCCGACUCGCGAUUAUCACUAUCGAUCUCGACUUGUUCCUAUGAAUUUUUUAUUGUUCAAAUUCACGCUUCUCUAGCCUUCAUAUUUAUUUUAAUCGCCGUCAUCAUCAUGUCACCUUAUACAUUUAAUAUAAUCCACUUACAUAUGUGUAUAGAUAGAUCUUCCUGCUAUAUGUGGAUUAAUUAUUAUUGUAUUUAUAUGCUCUUAUAUCAUUAUAUAUUAUUUUUCGCAUAUACAUUGUCACGAAGGCUUCGUGAUUUUUCUUGUACCGGAAUACACGUUAAUAGCUCGCAAUAUCGCCAUUACUUAACUUGCAUUAUAAUUAACACGCUCAGUGCGUAAACUUUCCCAGGAGGAAAGUGAGAGCGACGUAUGUUUGUAAUCACGGUUGUAUAUGCGUUUAUAAUACUACUAUACCAUUUCCUCAAAGAUAUAAUAAUAAUACAAUAGCUCUACAUCCGAGGACUGCUUUUCAUUUUUAUUUUAUUAUUUUAUUGGUAUCUUAGCUUAUAACCGACAACUUCAAUUAUUAUCAUGUAUUUUUUUUUAUUUUUACUUGUUCUUAUUCUCUAACGUCAAUAAUCAUUCAGAAAACUUAUCUUUUUUUUUCUUUUAUCAAUGGUCGCCAAAUGAGUGAUACGCUUAGAUAUCCGUGGACAAAAUAUCCAUCAGACAAAAUUUACGCGGACAAAAAAUCUGUAGACAAAAUAUCCGUAAAAAAAUUCAAUUGAUUAAAUAUUUUUCACAAAAAAUUCGUGAAAAAAGAGCGCUAUCUUUCACACCAUUUUAUGUGUGGGUAUAUUUUUGUACUUGCAAACACACAAAAUUCGUGAAAAAAGACCGCUAUGUUUCACAUCUAUUUAUGUAUGUAUCAAUCAUAUGUAUUUUCGCAUCAAGUAUUUAAUGAAUUGAAUGAUAAAUGUUUAUAAAAUAUGAUUUUAAUAACUUUCUUCUACUGUUAUUUUAACUAUGAAAAUUUUGAUCUGAUGAAUUUAUCCCUUUGUUACGUCAAUUUUCAGGAUAUUCUGUCCGUAGAUAUUUUAUUCAUCGGAUAUUAUUUCCGCGGAUAUUUUGUUACGCAAACCCCAAAUUUCAGUGACGUUCAUUGACACUCUAAAUUAUGAAUUGAAAACGAAAAUUUGUUUGGGGCGAAAAAAAAUUUCUUUAGUCCUAAAAAAAUUUUUACUUCCGUUUCGUAAUUAAAAAUUUUUCUUGAGCAAAAAAUCUUUUUUUUCUUGUGUAUAGACAGUCAUUUUUCUCUUAAUGCGUCAAUAGUAUCUCGAUCUUGAUGGACCGUAACUCCACCGUCCAUCUUACGGCCUUCGACAAAUCAAAAUUUUUAUAUUCUAUGAUUUAAAAUGAAAAUUAAAAUCCACUUCAAAUCCCUGCCGUUACAGGAAGACCACAGGAACAGUUUCCGUGAUUCCCAUGAUUUUUAUGAACCAAAACUUCACCUCUAUCUUAAGGCUUCAAACAAAUCAAUAUUUUUAUAUUCUAUGAUUUAAAAUGAAAAUUAAGAUCCACUUCAAAUCCCUGCCGUUAUAGGAAGACCACAUGAAGUUUCCGUGAUUCCCAUAAUCUUCAUGGACCGAAACUUCACCUCCAUAUUUUUAAAAUUCGGGUCCAUGACUUCUCUUUUUGCGGUCGGUAUACUCGGUCACCUUUUUAGUGAUUUUCUAAUGACUAGUCCAAAAAAACUCAAGCCGGGAUUCGAACCCUGGACUUUCAGAGUAACAUCUGAUCACUUACGUCAAUAACUUGUAGUAAAUUUAAUUAUUCAAGUACAGGUUCAAUUUUUCUCAAUAAUUUUGUUUUUAAUUCUGCUUGCUCAUCCCUACUGCGUUUUAAUUACAACUUAUUAAUAAUCUACUUAUAUACAUAUAUAUAUUUAUAGUUGAACGAUUAUGUAUCAUGUGCGCGUAUGAAUAGUAAGAACGUUAUAUAUAACAAUUAAUAAGAGCAAUUGAGACAUCUAAAUUAAUUAGUUAUAAACUCAUAGUGGAUUGUGAUCUGAAUGUAACUCAUAAUUGCCCAGGUUCUCACAGAGUGAGCACACAUGCACAUACACACUCAUUAUACUUAUCUAUUUAUCCAUACAUGUAUGUGUGUAGAUAAGUAUAUAAUACAUAAAUAUAUGCACACAAACGCGGAUAAUUCCGUGGUAUUACUGCAUUUGCGUUUGCGCACAUUCUGUGCUCACGCUCACUGGCAGGCAAAACACGCGCGUUCUUACCUCAAGUAAUGGCAACAAUUACUUUAUUUUACCCAUCUUCCCGGUUAGCUUCUCAACUAUAAUACACAUAUAUUUAUAUACAUUUGUAUGUAUGUAUGUAUACAUAAACUGCACCAACUUUACUGACUGUAAUUUCAUUUUCUAGCAUUAAUCACGCGCCAAUCUUAGUUUGUUUUGAGAAAUCCUCACUUAACUUUCUUUUCACUCGAGUAUUAAAUAUUAAAAUAACAAUAACAAUAACAAUAAUAAUGUCCAUUGAAUUUAAUAAGCCUCUAAGUGUGGAUUUUUCAUAAUUCCAGCCAACACUUUAUCUCCGCAUACUGUUUUUUUAUUUUUAAUUUAUGUUAUUACACCGGAAGUAAUUAUUGUAUUAAUUAUUAAAUAUUUUUACACAAUUACUACCAUAGAUAAUGAUAAUAACAAUAAUGAUUUAUCGCGUAUAAAGUAAAGUAGCUGAAGUACAUGAUGAUUUUGUGUUUAACAAAUCAGAUGUUAUUUCUUGUUACUGAGUGUAAAAAAAAAAUGGUUAAAAAAGUUAAAAGAAAAAAGUAAAUUGUGAAAGAAAGGCGGGAGGGGGUCUCGAAAAUUAUUCUGAUAUGAAACUCAUCCCGGCACGUUGGCGUCAAAGAAGCCAAUUUAAAAAGCCCCUUCCAAGAUUAUCAGUUUCUCCCUACUUCUGGCUCACCUUUUUUUUUAUCCUACUCGUGCGCGGUUCGUUCCCGUACUAAAAAUAAAACCUAAAUAAAUAAAUAAAGUAAAAAUAAAAGAAAAUAAAAAAAAAAUGUCGAAUUGGUAAACUUCCAGGUAAUUUAUCCAGCCACCACUGAAUAUACUUUCCUCCCUUCUGCGGUUUGAAAUACAGCUCUUGAAUUUUCUCUCUUUAUUUACUUUAUCAUCAUCGUUAUUAUUAUUAUUAUUACUAUCGUAAUGACGAUGAUGAGCCAACAGUUGUUUAGUCCUCAACAAUUUAAAACAGCUCAUUAUUAACAAACGUGCGAUAUUGCGGCCAUAAAACAAAUUACCGAAACUUAUUUUUUUACGCUCUCGGGUCCCACUAAAAACCGUCGAAAUGCCGCGCGAUAUAACAAAGAAUAAGAGUAAGAGCGUUUAUAGGUUUUUUUGAGCUCAUGUUAUAUUAACACCAGGGAACCUCGAGUAGUUUAAUUGAAUCGCUUCGAGCGAUUGUUAACAGCUCGAUGACGGGUCUUUGAGCUCACGUGAGACGCCGUGAAUUUUAAAAAGCCUCCGAGCAAACCGCACGCGAGCGGACUAUCCACAUGUCGACAUAUGGCAAAUCCUGCUAUCAAUGCGCUAUUUAUUAUUGCUGUUUAUUAUUUAUUUAUAAAUAAUAGCAGCUCAGAGAACAUGGAAAUCCACGUCCCUGCAACAGAGCCAGAAGUCAUUUAGAAAAAAAAAAUUAGAGCCAAACUUUUGCCGAAAAUAAUCAAGCAAAUUAUCAUAGAUUAUUUUAUCUUCUUCCACUGGUUGUUUGGCUUUUAAAAAAUACAAAAGACGUGUGAACAAUAUGAUAAAUAGUGCAAAUGACGGCUGUCAAGCAAACGCCUAUUCAGCCGAUAAUGAGUAUAUCUACAUGAUUAUGCCGGUGGAAUAAUAACCAAUGGGUAAAUGGAUUUACCGAUAGGCCCUGCAUUAUUAUAUAUUAUACGUAUAUAUAUGUAUAUAUAUGAAUACGUAAUAUAGAAACUUGAUAAUAGUUUAAGUAUGAGAACUAAUGACUCACAUGCUGUAAAAUAACCAACGGGAGAGUCGAUUAAUCGUCAACUAGGUACUUAUAUUGGGCACGCUACCACUAAACAAGUCAUACAUAUAUAUUAUACAGUAUUUCUCACAUAUGUAUGUAUAUAUAUAUAUUCAGGUACACUGAUUAUAAUGAGAGAAUAGCGUGCAGUGUAAUUUAAAUCUAACAUGGGACUGUGAGAUUUAGUUUGAUCAUGGAAAAGUAUAUUGUCUUUACUUGUUAUUAUUUUUAUAUAUGUGUGUAUGUAUAUGAAGAUAUAUAUGUGUAACUGCGUUAUAUUUUCCACAUCUAUAGCUGUCUUCCUCUUAAAGCCAUUUAUUUUUAUUUACGGAAGCAUUCUCGUGGAGACAAAGUGCCUGCGCGACGCCGCGAUAAAAGCGUUCGGGGGAAAGCUCUUCUGGAGAAUAUAAAUUCUUCCUGGUAUCCCGCUUCCCUGCUAACUCACUCUUUCUGUCUCUCUUCUUCGGCUAAAAAGACACUGGGUGGUAUAGUUUAGCAGUGUCUCUUGUACACAAUAACAACAACAAUAACGCAUAGCAAGUUGCCGCUGGAGACUGCAAAGAAGAGCACUUGGAUUUAAAAUCGCGAGAGACCCAAAAUGGCGGAGAUUACGCGAAAUUAUGCAAAUUCGGAGGCAUUGUAAAGUGUGCGGGUGAUGUUUUUCGUUUUAUUGGUGCGCGCACGUCGCUGGUUAUAUGGGAUAAAAGAAAGAGAUAGAAGGAGUGACUGGGUGGUGAUGGCGAUGGUGGUUAUGCUAGUGGUGAAGAGUAUCCUCGCUCGUAUAACCGAAACAAAAGCUUAGCUAACGCAGAGACAAAGGGUACGUGUGGCGAGAGCCUCUGAAUCUCUCCGGGGCACACAUGCAACGGUUUUAACUGCUUCCCUCGGCAUUACUCUUACUGCCUUUCUUUUAUUUCUUUAUUCACUCAACACUACAUUCUCUGCACCACCCUACGCCAUUAUUAUGCCUUCUUCCUCUCCUCCGUUUAUGCAUAUUUUUAUUAAACAAAAAAGAUCUAUAUCUAUAUUUAGGUGACAAUUGUUUUAUACAUUUUUCAAAUUUCAGUCUUACUUCAAAAUAUCGAUUUUUUUCUAUUUCAUGUCACACAAAAAUUUUUUACUUUAUGAGUAAACGGUAAGAGAACCAGUACCUGAUCAGGGAACUAGUACCCGAUCAGAGAACUAAUAGUCGAACAGAGAAUUAGUACCCAAUCAGAAAACUGGUACCCGAUCACUUAUGUGUUUGUAUUUCGAUAGGGUAAAAGACCUGUACCUAAUCAGGGAACUAGUACCCGUUCAGGGAAUUAGUACCCGAUCAGGAAACUAGUACCCGAUCAUUCAUGUAUUUGUAUAUCUAUAUUUACUAAAUUUUACUAAAUAUAGAUAUAUAAAUUCAUGGAGUGAUCAGGUACUAAUUUUCUGAUCGGGUACUAGGUCUUUUACCUUAAACAAUAAAUGAAUGAGUAGAAGUACCAUUUGUUGCCACUGCUCCAUUUUUGGACAAUACUUUAUUUCAAUCAAUGAAAAAGUAUAAAAUAAAAUUUCUAUUGCAACUCAUUUUGAAAAUAAGUUACGUCACUGCAUGUUUUACAAAUUAUUUUUUUUUCAGUUUUCAAAACGUGUCCUAAAGUGGUCAAAAACGGCACCUCUACCCUAUAAACAUUCAUUGUUGUCAAAAAAAAUUCAAAUAUUUUUGGGAGGACCUAAAUUUAAAAAAUGAAAGCAAUGUCACCCAUACACAGAAAAAAAAGUUAUCUUGAGUCAAGAAAAUAUUUUGGAAGACAAACGUUUUCGGGAACCAAGUCAAGAUUUUCUUGAGCCAAGAGAAUUUGUCUUGGUUAAAAAAAAUUCGUCUUGGUCGGAAAUUUCUACUUUAUCUGAGAAAAUUUAGGUUUCCAAAAAAAUUUUUUUGAAUCAAGAAUAUUUACCUUCAGUCGAGAAUUUUUUUUUUCUGUGUAUAUAUUUUCCAAAAUUAAAACCUUGAGUAUGUUGACUUUGUUUCGCAAAUUUAAAAAAUAAGAAUUUCUCUCUACCAGGAUUUUAAAAUUUCACGGGACUGUAUAUAUUUAUCAGUAAAACAGUAGACAAUUGAAAUAAAGUUUCGGUCAUUAUUCUCUUUACGGCUAAUGUAAUAUCUAAGUACACGUCUGUGUAGCUUUCUCUAAAAGGUGACUAAAUCCCCUCGUCCUCUUAUUCCUCACUGACUUACGAUUAAUUAAUCGAGUCCCUUACGACGAAAUACUCAAAGUCUUCAUCUAGCAUCCGGCGUCUCUCAACUCAAACUCUCCCUGAAUCUCAGUCUCUCCGUCUAUUUCUCUUUGCUCAGUAAUUCACGUGCGGGAAGUCAAACCUAAUUAAUUACCCCAAGCUCUUUGUGGACAGCCACGGAUUAGAAACACGCGCCCGAAUGCGAUUUAACUCUCUAUCCAAAUUCAUUUGAAUUUAACGACCCCAUACACUAAUUUACGUUUGUACUAUUAUUUAAUUAUACAUAACUUGAUAUUAAUUGAUAAUUAUUGAUAAAUAAAUAUUUAAUUAAUCGACUUUUAAAUACAGUUACACACAAUAGUAACAAUAAAUUGUAUUUUAAAUUUUAAAAAGCGUAAUUACGCUUAAUGUUUUAUUAAAUUUAGUACAAUAAUAUUGUUAAAUAAUUAUUAGUACUUGUUUUAAUGGAUGAAAAGGCACUUGGAGAGCUACCAAACUGUAAUUACGAUCGAUCGAAAAUAAGGGAGUCUCAUUAACCCCUCGCGUACGUUCCUAAAUGACGGCUUCUACGUCAAUCUAUUGUUCGUUCUCAUUCAUUACUGAGCUGCCUCAAAGCAUGCCAGGGAAUUGGUCGAUCAGUUGAGGGUCGAGAGCAAGAGGGAACAUAUAUAUAAAGAAAAAAAAGGUAUAUAUAAUAAAUAUAUAUAAGAGAAAGAGAAAGAAAGAGCAAGAGAAUGUUGCUACUGGACAGUUUUGACCCCCGGCAGCCAAGAAAAAGGCCUUCAAAAGUACCGCCUUCAACCUCGGCUGUCUAAAGCUCAUUUGUUACCUCGCUCGAGCUCACCCAUACCCUUUUUUCCCUCAAUAUACGCCGAUGAUCCUUGAUAUUAUAAAUAAAAUAAAAUGAAGCUGAAUAAUAAAAAAAAGGAGGGUUAAUGUUUUAUAAAAAAUGAGGAUUUAAAUUAUCCGUCAGAUAUAUUUUGCAGCAUAACCAUUUAGACGUUUAUCACGUCCAAGAACCGGAGAAUAUUGAAACAAUUGCUGAGGAAUUCUAUUAUCGAAACAGAUUGUUUUUUCGAAUAGCUACCGAAAAAAAAACCACCACAUUAUCCGUAAAAUAUCAUCGUUAUUAUUUUAUUUUUUAUAUCCUCUGGAUUAUUUUCUCGAUUUCGAAGCACAUGUAUAUAUAUAUAUACAUCAGCGAAUUUAUAUGUAUUAUUUUAUUUUUAUGUUUACUCAGCGUAAGGUAGAUUGGUCAGUGUAAAAGGAAAUUGCCCGAAGAUUGCGGCCGACCGACGUUUGCUCUGUGGCCAUCAUAUUUUUUACACCACAAAAAU